AUGACUUCUUCAUACCCUGCACAGUCGGCCACCAUGGAGGACCCAGACCAUGGCUGGAAGCCAAACAACCGCCCUCAAUCCACGGUAGCGCGCAACUUCAUGUCGGAGCUCGACAGCCUGUUCAACUUGGAUGGAGGCCUCGAGAACCUAGACAAGACGGUUCUUGAAAAGAAGCAAGCAGUCACCACACAGACUAAAGAGCUUGAAGCCCUAGAGGCAAGGCUCAAGGCUGCCGAAGAGCGCUUGAACCAGGCCAAGAGCAACUCCCCACCAGCGAACAAGGACAGCCAGCGCGAACAAGACAACGCUCGGUUACAAGGGGCUACGAGCCCCCUUGCGCAAAAGACUCAAAACAUGCCAGGUGCGCUACCAGAGACAUCGACUCCUACAUCGACUACCAGUGCUGACUACGUCCUGGUAGAGAGGCCACUUUCCGCCAAGCCUGAGACCGCAUAG